UGGGCUUGGAGUCUGGACACACAGGGCUCCCCGCCGACUUCUACGUCCAAAGUCUGGACACCCUCCCGCCACCUGUAGAGAAACCGGAGCGGAUUUGAAAUCAAACCCAGGUGUGCCGGGUUCCUAGACAGAGCCCGACUUUGGACCCGGUGUCCUGCCACUCCUGCUGGGGCUCUUCUAGAUGUCAUGGAGCUGGAUCUGUCUCCACCUCAUCUCAGCAGUUCCCCAGAAGAUCUGUGCCCAGCCCCUGAGACCCCUCCUGGGACUCCCCCACCCCCUGAUUCCCCUCUGCCUGGGGAGGUGAAGAAGUCCAGGCCCCUGCCCAUCCCGACCAGCAGGAAACUUCGCGAGGAAGAGCUACGGGCAACCUCUCUGCCCUCCAUCCCCAACCCCUUCCCUGAGCUCUGCAGCCCUCCUUCACAGAGCCCCAUUCUUGGGGGGCCGUCCAACACAAGGGGUCUGCUCCCCCGAGAUGCCAGUCGCCCCCAUGUGGUCAAGGUGUACAGUGAAGAUGGCACCUGCCGGUCUGUGGAGGUGGCGGCGGGGGCCACAGCUCGCCACGUGUGUGAAAUGCUGGUGCAGCGAGUGCAUGCCCUGAGCGAUGAGAACUGGGGGCUGGUGGAGUGCCACCCCCAUUUAGCACUGGAGCGGGGCUUGGAGGACCAUGAGUCUGUGGUAGAAGUGCAGGCUGCCUGGCCUGUUGGCGGAGACAGCCGCUUUGUCUUCAGGAAAAACUUUGCCAAGUAUGAGCUGUUCAAGAGCUCCCCACACUCCCUGUUCCCAGAAAAGAUGGUUUCCAGUUGUCUUGAUGCCCACACGGGCAUAUCCCAUGAAGAUCUCAUUCAGAACUUCCUGAACGCGGGCAGCUUCCCUGAGAUCCAGGGCUUCCUACAGCUGCGGGGGUCGGGACGCAAGCUCUGGAAACGCUUCUUCUGCUUCCUGCGCCGGUCUGGCCUCUACUACUCCGCCAAGGGCACCUCCAAGGAUCCCAGGCACCUGCAGUACGUGGCAGAUGUGAACGAGUCCAACGUGUACGUGGUGACCCAGGGCCGCAAGCUCUAUGGGAUGCCCACGGACUUUGGCUUCUGUGUCAAGCCUAACAAGCUUCGGAAUGGCCACAAGGGGCUCCGCAUCUUCUGCAGCGACGAUGAGCAGAGCCGUGCCUGCUGGCUGGCUGCUUUCCGUCUCUUCAAGUACGGGGCGCAGCUGUAUAAGAAUUACCAGCAGGCGCAGUCUCGCCACCUCCGCCCGUCCUGUUGGGGUUCCCCACCCUUGAGGAGCGUCUCGGAUAACACCCUGGUGGCCAUGGACUUCUCCGGCCAUGCUGGGCGUGUCAUUGAGAACCCUGGGGAAGCUCUGAGUGCAGCCCUGGAGGAGGCCCAGGCCUGGAGGAAGAAGACGAACCACCGCCUGAGUCUUCCUACCCCGUGCUCAGGCACUAGCCUCAGUGCAGCCAUCCACCGCACCCAACUCUGGUUCCACGGACGCAUUUCCCGCGAGGAGAGCCAGCGGCUCAUUGGGCAGCAGGGCCUGGUGGACGGCCUGUUUCUGGUCCGGGAGAGUCAGCGGAAUCCACAGGGCUUCGUCCUCUCCCUGUGCCACCUGCAGAAAGUCAAGCAUUAUCUCAUCCUGCCGAGUGAGGAGGAGGGCCGCGCCUACUUCAGCAUGGACGACGGCCAGACCCGCUUCACAGACCUGCUGCAGCUCGUGGAGUUCCACCAGCUGAACCGCGGCAUCCUGCCCUGCUUGCUGCGCCACUGCUGUACCCGCGUGGCCCUCUGAGCCCUGUCUCAGCCCUGCUUCAGCUGCACCCUGAGCCUGCUUCAGAGUGGGCUCGGGGUGUACAGAGGGUGGGGACAGGAUCAAGAACAACUGGAGGGUGCCCCUCCCACUCUGGUUUUCUCUCCUGCUCCUUCCCCUCCGUCAGGCAGAAAGUACCCCCUGUCCAGUCCACCCUCAACCCUUUUCCUCACGGGAGUGCACCCGAGGUGGCCCUCUCCCCUUUAUGGGGCUCGGGGGGCACUGCUCUGGGGCAGGACAUUAUGGAAGAACCGGGGCAGCCAGGUGGUCCCACGACGCAAACUUUGUACAGACUGAGAGGCCAGUUGAUUUGCUCUAUUUUAUACCAGUGACAAUAAAGGUUAUUUUUUGAUAUA